UCGCCGCCUGUUCGUCCGCGCGGUUCCCGAGUCUCCCCCGCCCGGCCCCCCUCCGCCUUCCAGCGCGCUCUUUCUCCUCCUCCUGCCACCGCCUUCUUUCGCUGCUCGGCUUCCCAUCUUCUUGCUCAGCCAGCCAUGGACGCAUUUCCAGUCGGGGACGAGCUGGGCAGCACCCCAGAGCCCACCAUUUUGCAGCCUCCCGGGACCACUCCCGCGCCAGCUUAUCCUGCCCUCGACCCGCAGCAAGGGGAACACCUGCGCAUCGGGGAGGACGUACAAUUCAGCGAAGAGGUGGAAGACAGAGGUUUACUAGAAAGCAGUACAAGAUUAAAACCUCAUGAAGCUCAAAACUACAGAAAGAAGGCAUUGUGGGUUUCAUGGGCCUCCAUUAUUGUUACCCUGGCUUUGGCAGUGGCUGCAUUCACUGUCUCUGUAAUGAGGUACAGUGCUUCAUCAUUUGGAUUUGCGUUUGAUGCCACUUUGGAUGUGUUGUCCUCUGUGAUAGUUCUGUGGCGUUACAGCAAUGCAGCAGCAGUUCAUUCAGCGCACAGAGAAUAUAUAGCCUGUGUCAUCUUGGGUGUGAUAUUUCUUCUGUCCUCUUUAUGUAUAGUGAUCAAAGCCAUCCAUGAUCUUGCAACUAAGUUGCUUCCAGAAGUGGAUGACUUUCUAUACAGUGUUUCAAUUUUAAGUGGAAUCCUUUGUACUAUCCUAGCAGUUAUCAAAUUUAUGUUGGGGAAUGUGCUUACAAGCAGAGCAUUGUUAACAGAUGGUUUCAACUCUCUGGUAGGAGGAAUCAUGGGCUUUUCCAUCCUCCUGAGUGCAGAGGUUUUUAAGCACAAUGCUUCUGUUUGGUACCUGGAUGGAAGUAUAGGAGUUCUGAUUGGACUUACAAUAUUUGCCUAUGGUGCCAAGCUCCUUAUGGAUAUGGUCCCCCGUGUGCGGCAAACACGUCAUUAUGAAAUGUUUGAAUGAAGGCAGCUCAGCUGUGUGGACUGAAUACAUUUUGCAGGAUUUGAAAACAUCCUACAUCCUGGCAAGUGGGGCCAAUCCUGUGUGCAAGAUUGAAUUUUGUUUUACAUAUAUUAUUUUUGCAUCAUCAUUCAAGGGGAAAUCAAUCUGUACAAAUAGGCAAACAUGUGCACUGCUUAAAUCUCUGCCAUAGCAUUUGGCAUAUGCUCCCAAAAUCCAGCAAGCUGCAAUAGAAAUGAAUGAGACUUCUAAUCCUUUUUGCUACAUUUUUAAGUGAUCAGCCCUCUCAAGACACUUAAGAGCUGCCCAUUUAAAGGGGCCAAAUUAAGAAGAGUAGCAGCAGUAGUGUCUGUGGCUGUUGAGAGGCAGACAGAUAUAUUGGGGUUUGAGUUUCUCCAGGAAAGAGCAUUCUGUCAAAAAGAUGGCUUUUAGUUCUGAUAUUCCUAAAAUUCACAAUGGGUGAUGGGCAGUAUGUCAUUAGUGUCUCACACAAUUGCACAAAAUUCAAGGGUAUUUUACACAUGGUUACCAACAGAUCAGACUUGCUAUUUUUAUUCAGUAUUUUUCUUCCUACAAGAUACCACAGUUUCAAUAAAAGGUGCCACCCAUCCACCCAGCUGCUCAGUCUCCCAAAUUUUAGGACCAUGGUUUAAUUUCAUAGUUUUAUAAAAUUCUUUGAAAUAUGUCUCUCCCCUUCUCCCCCUCCCUCCCCUUCUAUAUCAAGGAACACAUAUUAAGCUGCACAGUCAAAAUAAGCACAAAGUGUUAAUGUACAGUUAAAAGCCAAAAGAAGAUUGAGGUUCAAUAUGUCAGUUUGUGUUAUGCACUUAUGUAGCAGUAUGUCUGGCUAAAAUACACGGGUGUCCUGUUGUCUAGUAAAAGUGGAAGUGAUGGUUCCAUUCUGACAGUAAAGUAGACUCUAACUGUGAAGAGUUAGGCUUUUCUAUAGGUAUUCGUGUGCUCACUCAUUUUAUGUAAUUUAGCAUCUGGAUUACAGAAUCCAACUCCCAUUGUGUAUAAUAGACAAAAUGUUGUUUUAUAAAGUACCUAUAACUAACUUUAAAAAAGCUGUGUAUAUAGUACAUUAAACAAAGUCUUCCUGUACAGAAGCACCUUCCAUAGACAGGUCACUUCUGUCAUUUUCGUAGGUGGAAUGUUUUAGCCUUUUAGCACAAAUUUAACAUAUGGUUAAGUAAAUUAAGUUUUGAGGUUUACUGCUUAAUCCACAUGUUUGUAGCUCCACUAUUUUGAAAAUGAUGCAUUUGUAAAGAGGACGAAGUAAUUUUAUAUCUGGCAAAAAAAUGAAAAGUUUAUUGGAAGUAUGUAUAUUGGUGUGGAAUAACGAUUUGCAGAUGGGCAUCAAAUUUGCAACUGACAUCUUUAAUAACACCCUCUACUGUCAUUUAUUGGUUUCUUGCUUAUAUAUGCCAUAUUUCAGUGGAUGUAUCUGUGUGGAACUCAAAAUAGAAGACUGAUGGAAGGUUAUUUCAUUUCAUUUCAUUUCACUUCAAAAUCAGAUGCAAUGCAAUCUCCCUUAAUUACUUGUUUGAAGGUGUUUCCAUAUGAAUGCUAACCUCUACAGUAUACUUCAUCACCUCAGACAAAAAGCUAGCCUUGUGGUACUGUUUUUUAUUCCAUGCAGCCUUCUGAAAUAAAUGCAUUGAACAUG